UUAGAGGCGUUAGGGUUCUUGAGAAUGCGUCGCCGGAUCUCUCUCGGCGCUGGAUCGCUGCGCACCUGAUCUGUGCGCAUUUUUCCCUGAGCUGCCGCGCGAUUGCAAUCUCUGCGUCAAUGACAGGGAAGGCAAGAAAACGACAUUGCGCAAGCUGAAGCGAGCAGGAUAAGUACGAGGUAUUGCCGGCUAGAAGUCCCAAAAAACGAUUUUUUCUACAAAGAAUGCAGUGAAUGCUGUCCCAUUUGGCAGACUUUCUCAAGCUUGCAUCCUCGUGGAUUGCAAACUGCACGGCGUGUAUGGGUGGCUGUGUUGGCGUCUUCAAAAAAUCCCCGCCUGUAAGAAGUGUGGACAAAUCGAGGAAGCACAAGGCGGCCAAGCGGGGGUCUCACGGGCAUGGUCCGCCGCAGAAGGAUUGGUGGUCAUCCAGCUCGAAUGAUAUGGAUAACAAUCUGACAAACUCCAGAUCUUCGCAGAGGAGCACGUCGUCGAUCAGUGGUGUCAAUCACAGCUUGGAUAGCAUCAACGCCGCCAACAAUGGUGGCUACAUUAAUAACGCUUUAACUUUAUGGACUGAGCAGCGAAGACUCUGGAUUGGAGAUCGUCAAAGAAACCGAUCGCAAGACCCUCGUGAAGCGGCAGCGAGCUGGCGCCCGACUUACGACGAUCUUUUGUCAAACCAUCGUCCGCAGGAUUUGCUAGCGACGAAUCGUCCAUUCCCUCAGCCUAUACCUCUACCCGACAUGAUCGAUUUCCUGGUGGAUGUGUGGGAACAAGAGGGCCUCUACGACUGAUGGAGUUUUAGAGUUUCCAUCCGAGCUUUCGCCUAUCUACAAGAUCACGUACACACACACACACACACACAGGAUUGAGAGGAGCGAAUUGAGUUUCUGGUUGUAUCAACAGACUGGUUUUUUUUUUUUCUUACAGGAAACGAAAAAGAGAGAGAAAAUUCCCUCGGAAUAUUUCUUUCGUGUAUUAAAGAUGCCCGUUUAAGUUGGUGGUUAACUGAUAGUAAUGAUAAUCAAAACCUCUGGGCGAGCUGUCA